AUGCGACUGACGCGAUCUGACUGCUCUACUUCGUUAGGACCGGAGCUACCUUUGUCGCCAAUGUGGCCCGUUCCAAACAACCCUCACACUCGUUACCCAUGCCUUCUGUUCACGCCUUGUAUUGACAGCAUCUACACUUACUGGAUGGUGAGUCCGGGAUAUGAUGUCUUGACGGUAUGCGGUGUCAUUUGGCGGACCAUUGGCAGUAACUCUCUAGGGCAAACGCCCGCUUCGUCAAAAGAUCCCACGUCGCAAUGCUUUAAAGACCUCAUCUUUGCAAAAUCCCAGCAUGUCUGUUGUGAUACAUCUCCAAACUUGCACCCGCUUCGACACGCUCGAACCACUUCCGUCUUUCCAGGAAAUCCACUGUACUUGUGUCACACGCCACCUGGACGGCAGACAUGUCUCAGUGGUACCUAUCUCCUCCAACACUUACAUAUCUGGGAUUCACGGACCACCGGCCCACUCCCUCAAGCACUCCUCCAACCCCUCUCGGUCAGCAAGGCGCGGCUUUCGUCUCAUGCUCUGAUCACGGUGUCAUGGACAACAUCAAGCGCGAAGCAAACUCCGCUGUCAUGUCUGACGUGGAAGAGACAGAAACGGUCAAGCAUGAAAUAA